AUGAACGGCGAUAGCUAUUCCAGAGACGGUGGCCGACAGAGCGGAUCGCGGAAUUACUCCUCGAGAGAUGACCAUCGCGAUCGCGGCGACCGAAGCGACCGCGGCGACCGUGGCGGCGACAGGCGGCGACGUCGUUCACGCUCUCCCCGCCACGGCGGAGGCUCCCGCCGUGACUACGAGGUAGACACGUAUUCUUCUAGCCGCGACUACCGUGAGCGCGAACGCGAGGACACAUACGCACGUCGAGAACGCCGCGAUGACCGGGGCGAGCGAGGCGAGCGGGGAGGAGACCGAGGUGGCUGGGGCGACUCGUACUCGAGACGCGACCGACCUCGAGGAGACCGCGACCGCGACGAUGACCGUGGCCACCGAAGAGAACGUGGAGACCGCAAUGAGAGAGGCGGCGACCGAUUUGGCGGCGAAGACCGCAGAGGUGGACGAGGAGGACGCGAUGGAGGCUUCGGUGGCGGACGUGAUAGGGCGCGUCAGGCAAAGGAAGACUCUCCGCCCUUCAACAAGCCGCGCGAGGCUACACCGGAUCUUGCCAGCUUCACAAACAUCCAGAAGCGCCAGCGUCGCAUGACCCAAUGGGACAUCAAGCCUGCAGGCUACGAAAACAUCACGGCAGAGCAGGCUAAGCUGUCGGGCAUGUUUCCAUUGCCCGGUGCCCCCCGCGCUGCGCCCAUGGACCCGUCUAAGCUGGCUGCCUUCAUCUCGCCCUCUUCCGGAACUGCCACAGCUGCCGCUCUCGCAACAUCAGCCGCCAAGCAAUCGAAGCGCCUCUAUGUCCACAAUCUGCCCUCGGGCUGCACUUCUCAGGAGAUUAUGGAGUUCUUCAACAACCAGCUCAACGGUCUCAACGUCGUGUCCGGAAACGACCCGUGCCUGUCAGCCCACAUUGCUACUAGCAAGGAGUACGCUGCGCUAGAGUUCAAGGCACCCGAAGAUGCGACCCUUGCUUUGGCUAUGAACGGAAUCUCUAUGCGCGACGACGGAGGAGCUCCCGACAGGUCGGGUCUGUCCAUCCGCCGCCCCAAGGAUUACAUUACUCCCUCUGCCGAUGAGAACGCAUACCCACCUGGCGACGAGAUUUCCUCUGUUGUCAAGGAUAGCCCUAACAAGCUGAGCAUCGUCAACAUUCCUACGUACAUUGAAGAGGAGCAGAUUCGAGAACUCGUAGAGACUAUGGGCAAGCUGAAGGCUUUCACCCUCGUCAAGGACACCGGCACCGACCAGCACCGCGGUAUCGCAUUCUGUGAGUACGCGGACAACGGAGUCAUCGAUGCCGUCAUCGAAGGUCUAAACGACAUCCCGCUUGGUGAUGGCAACCUCAAGGUUUCACGUGCCACUGUCGGACUUCAGCAAACGACUGGUCUCGAUGGUGGUGUUGGUGCCAUUUCCAUGUUGGCAGGAGCCAGCGCGGCCGAGAACCACGAGCACAGCCGUGUCAUUUGCUUGAUGAACAUGGUUACCUCGGACGAGCUUCUGAACGACGAGGAAUACGAAGAAAUCAAGGAAGACAUCGAAGAGGAGUGCGGCAAGUACGGACCCAUCGUUGAGACCAAGAUUCCCCGUCCCGCCGGUGCCCGCGUCAACCUCGGUGUUGGCAAGAUUUACAUCAAAUACAAGGAUACAGAGUCUGCGCAAAAGGCUAUCAAGGCACUUGCUGGUCGCCAGUUCUCGCGGAGAACCGUUGUUGCGACCGAGUUCUCCGAGGAAGGCUUCGACGUCGAUGCCUGGUAG